UGUCACAGGCCCCAUGUGAGCGGAUUGCAACACAUGCAGCUGCCUGGAGAGAGGGAGCCGGUGUCCUACGUCAGAGCCGCCGCCGCGGAGCCGCCGCCGGGGAGGAGCAGCCGCUGCCGCCCAGGACUGGGCCCUUAGGGAGGAGGAGGCGAGAAGAUGGCGGACGACCCCAGUGCUGCCGACAGGAACGUGGAGAUCUGGAAGAUCAAGAAGCUCAUCAAGAGCUUGGAGGCGGCCCGCGGCAAUGGCACAAGCAUGAUAUCAUUGAUCAUUCCGCCCAAAGACCAGAUUUCCCGAGUGGCAAAAAUGUUAGCAGAUGAAUUUGGAACUGCAUCUAACAUUAAGUCACGAGUAAACCGCCUUUCAGUCCUGGGAGCCAUUACAUCUGUACAACAAAGACUCAAACUUUAUAACAAAGUACCUCCAAAUGGCCUGGUUGUUUACUGUGGUACAAUUGUAACAGAAGAAGGAAAGGAAAAGAAAGUCAACAUUGACUUUGAACCUUUCAAACCAAUUAAUACAUCAUUGUAUUUGUGUGACAACAAAUUCCAUACAGAGGCUCUUACAGCACUACUUUCUGAUGAUAGCAAAUUUGGCUUCAUUGUAAUAGAUGGUAGUGGUGCACUUUUUGGCACACUCCAAGGAAACACAAGAGAAGUUCUGCACAAAUUCACCGUGGAUCUCCCAAAGAAACAUGGUAGAGGAGGUCAGUCAGCCUUGCGUUUUGCGCGUUUAAGAAUGGAAAAGCGACAUAACUAUGUUCGGAAAGUAGCUGAGACGGCUGUGCAGCUGUUUAUUUCUGGGGACAAAGUGAAUGUGGCUGGUCUCGUUUUAGCUGGAUCAGCUGAUUUUAAAACUGAACUAAGUCAAUCUGACAUGUUUGACCAGAGGUUGCAAUCAAAAGUUUUAAAAUUAGUUGAUAUAUCCUAUGGUGGUGAAAAUGGAUUUAACCAAGCUAUUGAAUUAUCUACUGAAGUCCUCUCUAACGUGAAAUUCAUUCAAGAGAAGAAAUUAAUAGGGCGAUACUUUGAUGAAAUCAGCCAGGACACGGGCAAGUACUGUUUUGGAGUUGAAGAUACACUAAAGGCUUUAGAAAUGGGAGCUGUAGAGAUUCUAAUAGUCUAUGAAAAUCUGGAUAUAAUGAGAUAUGUUCUUCAUUGCCAAGGCACAGAAGAGGAGAAAAUUCUCUAUCUUACUCCAGAACAAGAGAAGGAUAAAUCUCAUUUCACAGACAAAGAGACAGGACAAGAACAUGAACUAAUUGAGAGCAUGCCCUUACUGGAAUGGUUUGCUAACAACUACAAAAAAUUUGGAGCUACGUUGGAAAUUGUCACAGAUAAGUCCCAAGAAGGAUCUCAAUUUGUGAAAGGAUUUGGUGGAAUUGGAGGUAUCUUGCGGUACCGAGUAGAUUUCCAGGGAAUGGAAUACCAAGGAGGAGAUGAUGAAUUUUUUGACCUUGAUGACUACUAGGUAGUCGACAUGGGUCCGGCAAAACGUGCCUCGCCCUCCAGCAUCCAACCCAAGGAGCAUACCCGUGGUGGAAUCCAAACAGAUCCCUGCCUUACAAUUGGAACGUUUCCAGAACUUAAUCCAUGAGCAUUGGAUAUUGAAAAGAAAACCGAAACAAAACCAGACCCAACCCUACACUUUGGUUUGUCAUGGUGUCAGCGCAGCAGCCUACAACUAAGUUCCUAAAUGCCACUUUGGACUAAUUUAAACAAGAAUCCCAGUUUUUACUUUUACUCGAUGGUGGAAUUGGUUGCUCUUGUAUUUUAUGAAAAAAAAAAAAAUGAUUUUUUUAACCUUCAUACAUAGAAGCAAAAAUACUUUAACUGCUGUAAACCUUCAAAAGUUAAUAGAAAUGAGAUCUCACUGGUUUGUUUCUUAUUUUGAUUGGAGAAAAAUUAAAUUGCUGCAUUUCGCAGUGACCCAUUUACAUGGCAUUCUCAGCUUAGACUGCAUAAGAAGAAAUAUAUGUGGUGAAAUAUUGGAACCAUUUCUCUCUCGGUCUCUGUUUAAUGUUGAAAGGGUGAGCUAAUAGGAGGCAAUUUCAACUUCACUCCCUCUCACUACCCCUCCCUCUCCAGACUGUCAGUUUCAAGGAUGCAAACUGCUUUGCAAAGUCAAACUGACAUGAGAAGCAUUUAGGUCAGUGCACUGUUUCCUUCCAUCUGUUCUGCAGGCGCUCUUGUGCCCAGGGUUUUGGGAACUCUUAGCAUCAAUUGCUUUGACAAGGGUUCUCCUAGCCUACUAGAAACCAGUUUGGGAUGGAUAUGACGGGGCUUCUGUGCUAUUGCUGGGAUUGGGAGAAAUAAAACAUGCAAUUUAAGUGGAA